GGGCGCCAUUGUGCGGCGUGCUCGGGGUGAGUGUGGCGGGACGCUGCGCCCGUCGGAGCUGCACGUAGUAGCGCCGUGUCGUCCGCUCCCGGGCGGACUCGCGAGCUACCAGCGGGCUCUGCUGGGGCCCCCGCUAGCCGCGCCCGUUCGCGGGCUGAGGGGCGGCCGGCGCGGCGCCGUCUCGGAGGCCCCGCCCGUGUGCCCCCCGCGUCGGCUCGGGACCGCCCACUCCCGCGAGCGACCCUGGAGCGGCCAUGGCCGCCCGGCUUCCGACGGCCUGGUGCAGUGGACCGGUGGCCUUUGAAGACUUAACACUGACUUUUACCCCGGAGGAGUGGGGACUGCUGGACCUCAGACAGAAGUCUCUGUACAGGGAAGUGAUGCUGGAGAACUACAGGAACCUGGUCUCUGUGGAACAUCAGCUUUCCAAGCCAGAUGUGGUGUCUCAGUUAGAGGUGGCAGAAGACUUCUGGCCAGAGGAAAGAGGAAUUCUUCAAGACACCUUUCCAGAAUGUCCUAAAGUUCCACUGGGCCCUCAGAUGAAGUCUCUUCCUGCUGAAAAUCCCCUCAUGAAGAUCAGGGUGGUUGAGGUCCUCACACUGAACCAGGAGAUGGCUGGUCCCCGAAAUGCCCAGAUCCAGGCCCUCUAUGCUGAGAAGGGGGAACACAGCUCAGGCAUCCUCAGGGAGCCAGCCCAACAGACAGGUGGGCAUCCAGCUGACCCUGAAGCUGCUCGCCAGAGGUUUCGGCAAUUCCAGUAUGAGGAGUCAGCUGACCCUCAGAAGGCUCUGGCCCGACUUCGUGAGCUCUGUCGCGAGUGGCUACGGCCCGAGGCACGCUCCAAGGAGCAGAUCCUGGAGUUGCUGGUGCUAGAGCAGUUUCUGGGUGCUCUGCCUGAGAAGUUCCGGACAUGGGUGGAGUCACAGCGUCCUGAGAACUGCCAGGCCGCCGUAGCCCUGGUGGAGGACGUGACCUUGCUGUCGGAAGAGGAAGGACUCCCUGUCCAGGGGCCUGCCUGCUGUCCAGAGGUCACUGCUCAGCAGGAGAAGGAACAGGAGGAUGUGGCCAUCUGUCCAGAGGCAGUGCCGAAUGAGGAGCCUGUGACCUUCCAGGAUGUGGCUGUGGGCUUCAGCCGGGAGGAAUGGGGGCUGCUGGGCCCGACACAGAGGACUGAGUACCAUGAUGUGAUGCUGGAGACCUUUGGGAACCUGGUCUCAGUAGGGUGGGAGAGGACACCGGAAGGCAAAGAGUUAGCUCCAGAUUCUGAUGUUCCUGCAGAGAAACCACUUCCUGACCCCAAAAUGAAGGAAUCCUCAGGAGAAGGUAGCCAGUCCGCCCCCUCAACUGCUGUCUCACGGGGUGGGGUCCCCAAAGCCCUGGCCACCGGGAACCGAGUGGAGCCGGCCCAGGAGAAGGGCCCCUCUCGGCACCAGCUCCCUGAAGGCCCCCGAGCUCCAGGAGCUCGGGUGGACGCCGGACCGGACCCGAGCCACGGCGCGCCCCGGAAAGGCCCUCCCAGAAGGCGCUCGCGCCCCCAGGGCCGUCGGGUGACCAGUGCGGCGCCCGCUGCCUCCCCGGGCAGGCCGCACCAGAGGGGCUGUGGGAGGGGGCGAGCCGCAGCGGGCAGCGGCUGUCGGAUGGCGGGGGGCAAGACUGGGGGCCAGGCCGGCGGGCGGCGGGCCCUGCAGAUCACCUUCAUCCGGAUCCACAAGGGGAGCCAGGUGUGCCGCUGCAGCGAGUGCGGGAAGGUGUUCCGCAACCCCCGGUACUUCUCGGUGCACAAGAAGAUCCACACCGGGGAGCGGCCCUACGUGUGCCGGGACUGCGGCAAGGGCUUCGUGCAGAGCUCCUCGCUCACGCAGCACCAGAGGGUGCACAGCGGGGAGCGGCCCUUCGAGUGCCGCGAGUGCGGCCGGACCUUCAACGACCGCUCGGCCAUCUCGCAGCACCUGCGCACGCACACGGGCGCCAAGCCCUACCCCUGCCAGCACUGCGGCAAGGCCUUCCGCCAGAGCUCGCACCUCAUCAGGCACCAGAGGACGCACACCGGCGAGCGCCCCUACGUGUGCAAGAAGUGCGGCAAGGCCUUCACCCAGAGCUCGCACCUCAUCGGGCACCAGAAGACGCACGGCGGCAAGAAGCCAGGGGAGUGUGCUCACUGUGGAAAGUCCUUCAGCCAGAGUUCUGAUUUUGUGGCACAUAAAAGGACACACACUGGGGAGAAGCCGUAUGAAUGCAGCUAGUGAAAAUCCUUUAUUCAUAGCACUCAAUUAAUUAAGCAUCUCCGGAUUCACAGUGGGGAGAAGCCAUACAAAUGCACCUACUGUGACAAAGUCUUCACAGGGAGCACUCACCUGGUGGAGCAUCAGAGAACUCAUACCGGAGAGAAACCUUUUGAAUGCCAUCACUGUGGGAGAGCCUUCAGAGGGAGCUCCCACCUCCUUUCCCAUCAGAGAAUACAUUCUGGAAAGAAACCAUACAAGUGUAAUGACUGUGGGAAAUCCUCCUGGCAGCAGUCUCAGCUAAUUGUGCAUCAGUGGACACUCACUGGAGAAAAGCCGUAUGGAUGCAGUCACUGUGGAAAAGCCUUCAGCCUUCAGCCUCCCCUCCUUGCACAUCGGAGGACACACAAGAUGCACACUGGGGGAAAGCCCUGUGAGUGUGCUGACUGUGGGAAGGCCUUUGGUGACCAGUUAACCCUGACCAAACGUGAGAGGACACACACUGGGGAGAAGCCUUAGGAGUGUGGCCACUGUGGGAAGGCCUUCAGCCAGAGUCAGCUUCGGAGGCAUCAGAGGACUCAUACUGGAGAGAAGCCCUAAGAUUGCGCCGACUGUGGGAAGGCGUUCAACCACAACGCCCACCUCACCGUGCACAAGAGGAUCCACACCGGGGAGAGGCCUUACAUGUGCAAGGAGUGUGGGAAGGCCUUCAGCCAGAACUCUUCCCUGGUCCAGCACGAGCGGAUCCACACGGGGGACAAGCCCUACAAGUGUGCUGAGUGCGGGAAGUCCUUCUGCCACAGUACACACCUCACCGUCCACCGGAGAAUUCACACGGGAGAGAAGCCCUAUGAGUGCCAGGACUGUGGGAGGGCCUUCAACCAGAACUCCUCCCUGGGCCGGCACAAGAGGACCCACACAGGAGAGAAGCCGUAUACCUGCAGCGUCUGUGGCAAGUCCUUCUCGCGGACCACCUGCCUUUUCCUGCACCUGCGGACCCACACAGAGGAGCGGCCCUAUGAGUGCAACCACUGCGGGAAGGGCUUCAGGCACAGCUCCUCGCUGGCCCAGCACCAGCGGAAGCACGCCGGGGAGAAGCCCUACGAGUGCCAGCAGAGGCUCAUCUUUGAGCAGACACCAGCUUUAACGAAACACGUGUGGGCAGACACCCUGGGCUGCAGCCCACCUCUGACUCAAGACGAGAGGACUCACCGGAGCGACAGGCCCUUCAGGUGUAAUCAGUGUGGGAAGUGCUUCAUUCAGAGCUCUCACCUCAUCCGCCAUCAGAUCACUCACACCAGGGACGAGGAGCCUGGGGGGCGCCCCCGGAGACGCUGUGGCCGGAGCUCACUCCGCAGGCAUCAGCCCACAAAAGCAGGAGAGAGCCCUGGGGACCAGCCCAAGGCUGGGCAGCCAGCAGGCGGGGCCCUGGCCUUGUUUGACAUCCAUGAGAUCAUGCAGGAAAAAAGCCCUGUGCAUGUCAUUGGGGUCGGGGAGCCUUCCAUGGGCGCCUCYAUGUUGUUUGAUAUCAGAGAAUCCACAUAGGAGAGGAGCUCUUCAGACGGCUCUUGGACCACAGGUACAAAAAAAUGUGGAAGGAAACAGAAUAACCUAAAUUUUUCCUGCCUGGGCUGCCCAUCACACCCUCCUUGCUUGGGUAUGACAGACUGCCCUGAUUUGUCACCAAGCCUUGGAGCCAUGCUGAGGGCCCACGAGAUCAUGUGCCUGCCCCCUUUCUAGAGCUCUUCCCUCCUGUGGGGCCUCUGCUGGAGACCAGUGGAGGACCUUUCCUAGGAAGCGGACUUUCUGGCAUGACCAUUUACUGUCCAGCGUGGGAAACGUCGCCCUCUUGUUGCUUUCCUGCAAGUGUUCUGAGGAGAGCAGGGGUUGCCGACCCUCAUGCUCGCGAUUCCAGAAAAAAAGAACGUCAUGUGGCACAGCACCGGGGCGUAUAAACUGAAGAUGUCAGCCUGCCUUGUGACCUACAGUGAAGCCAGCUGUGGGCUUCUGCGUGCCCUGGCCACAGCCCUUGCCUCGCCACCAGGACCCAGGUGUGGGCCAUUCCUCCAUGUGGUAUUCCUGCUGCCGUUGCUUUCUAGUGAAGUUAAAGCGUCCCAUCAGCAUCAGCAAUUGAAAGGAAGGAUCGUGACCCAUCUCCACUUGUAAAAAUUGGUUCUUAAAAACAAACCGCAGAAGCACUGUCACAUGGUCUGGGUGCAGAGUUGGACAGAGCAGUUUCCCUGGGAGACUCCGGCUACGCGGGAUGACUGAGCGUCAGCACACACUGCCCCUGAGCUUCCUGCGACCACUUGUUCCUCAGAUGCUGGGAAGGCCACGUGGUGGGGUUUCUGUUGGGCAGCCUGGCUUUCAGGAUGCUCACCCAGAUGCAGGACCCUGACAUCACCCCAGCUUUCCCUCUGGGGCCGUCCUCCCGUUUCUCUUCCCAGCUCUGACUUCACGGCAACUCUGGGCCUUCAUUUCUGGGCCCAGGCCACUUGCUGGUUCAUUAUUAGCAGGUGACUUUCCGUUUACAUAGCUACCAGGUUAGCUCAGUGACAGUUCUGUGAACUGUCAGAUGAGGACAAUUAGUCACAGGGCAGAAGUAACCAGCUGCUGCAACUAGAGUAAUCAGGGCAAGUCCGCAGGUAGGAAAUAGUGGAGCCAGAAUUCAGUGUCAGCUCCCAGUCACCAGUGGCCAGAACAAAUUGGGCUUGGUCAGGACUGACUUUUCAGCCAGUCGGCGAGGGUGUUCUGCAGUUCUUGCAUCUUUCCCUCGUGGUCUCAGGAAGAGUGCUGAAGCUCCAGCCCUGGCGCCUGUUGUCAAGACUGGGGGAGAAGGGCAGGCCAACACAGCCCUCUGAUGACGCUUCAGAGAAAAGCCUUUCCUGGGAGCCUUUGCAUGUUCCCAAGUCUUGUCACCCAAGACUGAGUCACAGGGCCACCCCUGGUCACGGUACUCUUAGCACUUCUAACUUCUGGGAGACAGGUUGUGGGCAGAGGGUGCAGAUAGGCAGUGCCCCGUCUCCUGUGUUCCCACUCCUGUGGCACCAGCUUUGCAGACUGCUGAUCUGCUGCUGCACAGAAACUGCUGGGCCUCUGCCAGGUCUCGGGGCAUGGCAUCUGCACCCCAGCCACUAGGUCUGCCGACCUGGCAGCUCUCCACCUCUUCAGGGGCUUCUAGUUUUCCCCUCACCCUCUAAGCAUCAGGGUCCCACAACAGACGGGAUGGUAGGUGUCAUCUGCACCAUGGCUUAUGUCUCCCGCCCUCAUGUCUAAGUCUGGUGCUUCUGAGUUCUGAACGCCAGGCCCAGACAGCGGCUCUCUGCCAUUGGGCAGCUCCCCAGCAGGUACUGCAAAGCUCAGGAGCCCAACCUGCCCAGACCCUGUCGUUUCCCUCCAAACCAGCCCUCCCGUCGCUGUGAUGGACACAGGCCAUCCCACUGUUGAAGCCCGAAAAUCAGCCUGCUUUGGCUUGCUCCUCAUGAGCAUUUGUGUGGCUUUACCCUGUAAAUAUCUCAGGUCUGUGGGCUUCAUCCACCCGCAGCCUCUCAGGACAGCCCUUGGAGGAGGUAGCACUACCAGUGAUGCAGCAAGACCUGGCCAGUCUGGUAACAGGCAGAGCAUGGAGUGCUCCUGGGCAGGGGACAUAUUUAUCCACAGCUCUGGUGGCUGGGCCUGGGCCACCCUUGGCCCCCAAAGUCACAUCCUGAAGGGAGGAGCGUGGGAUGCUGUGGUUACAAGAUUGGAACACAGGAGCAGAGGAACGGGCGGUGGAAACGCACAUCUUCGUUUCUCCUCAGUCCUUGUGCAGUCAUGGUGUUCCUACCCAUUUCCUUAGGUUUUCAAAUAGGAAAAUUCCUCAGGGGAAAUUACUGAAAACUAGGGGAAAUUUAUCUGUUUGUGAAAGUAACUCAGUUCUUUGUGGCUAGACUUGGAAAAUUCACUGAGUUUUUAACAAGUGAAAAUUUAUUUAAAAUUUAAUUCUUGGGGCUGGGGUUGUGGCUCAGCAGUAGAGCACUUGCCUAGCAUG